AUGUCUGGAAACAUCUCCAUAGACUCAGAUAGUCCUGAUUCAACAAAUUCCAAAAUUUUUAGGGCCGUCGCCGAUGUUUUUCAGAGUGCACAAUCCACUUAUGCAGGUCAUCGCAGACACAUCGCGGUCUUGAAAAGAAUUCAAUCCAAAGCUGUUGAAACCGGGUAUGAGGAAGUGUUCAACUACUGGUUUAAUAAGAUGGUUACGUUGAUUUUGCCCCUGAAAAGAACGGAAAUCGUGGGUGAUAGAAUUGUGAGAUUGGUCGCAGGAUUGGUGGCAAGUCUCGAGCAUGAACUAGAGGCCAUCAGGGAUAAACAGGAAGAAUUCGAUGGGAAAGAAAAGGUCUUUUCGAGAUUCGUGGACCAGUUUAUCCGUCAUAUUCUGCGAGGAGUAGAAUCGCGUGAAAAAAAUGUAAGGUAUAGGGUUGCACAGCUUUUGGCUGUAAUCAUGGACAACAUAGGAGAGAUCGAUGAGGAUCUGUACAAAUUGAUUAUGUGGUCAUUCGAGAAACGACUAUUUGAUAAGGAACCGCCCGUACGAAUUCAGGCCAUUUUCUGUCUUACCAAAUUCCAAGACGAAGACAACGCUUCGGAAACCAUGGACGAAGCGUCCACCAAACUAAUUCAUGCCAUUCGGAAUGAUCCAAGUGCCGAAGUUCGAAGAGCAGCCAUGUUGAAUCUCGUCAGCCUCGACAAAACAAAAAACAUCAUAAUGGAGCGAGCUCGCGACGUCAACCCUGUUAAUCGACGUAUCAUUUAUACAAGAGUGCUGAAGAAUAUGGGUGCAUCUGUAUUCCAGGAGCUAGAUGAGGCUCUGAUUGCGAAGCUGAUCACUUGGGGACUUGAAGAUCGCGAAGAGGCAGUACGAAAUGCUUGUGUGCGUUUGGUAGCCUUUGACUGGUUGAAUCUAAUGGAUGGGGAUAUUAUAAAGCUUCUAUCGGAGCUCAAUGUGACCUCGAAUAAUGUUUGCGAAAAAGUUCUAGACGCCAUUUUCACUUAUAGAGAGGAUACUGUUGCUAAGAUAAAACUACCUGAAAACGUUUGGGAUUCUUUGACGGCCGAAAUCACCUUCCUCAUAAGAGCAUUCCAUGCACAUUGUAUGCAACAUAAGCUCGAAGACAUAAUUGACGACAACUUUCCCGAAGCUUCGAGAUUAUCGGAGAUUUUGCAAAAGUACAUGGACCUUAGAUUCUCCAACAAUGAACUUUCGAAAUCAGAUGUCACCUAUCUCGAGUUUAUCAUUGAGCAGCUUCUAUCAGUAGCUUUCAAGUUUGAUUACAGUGACGAAAUUGGUAGGCGUGCCAUGCUGAUGAUAAUUCGUAACGCUCUGGCAAAUUACAGCUUGACCGCACCUAUUGUGAAAAUAGCCCUCCAAGUACUUAAGGUGUUGUCGAUCAAUGAGCGUGAUUUUAUAGCAAUGACAGUCGAAAUCAUCACCGAUAUACGCGAUGAGGAUAUUGAAAAGCAAGAAGCCGAAGAAGCCAACCGCGAUUCACGAGUCAAACCGAACGAGGACGAGGAUGAUGAAGCUGCUGUAGAGUCAUUUCACUCGGCAGUUGACGAUCUAGUCAACAACAAAAACACACCAGUCCCAAGUGUCGCAACAGUGGGCCCAGAAAAAGAGGUUAGCCCACAUACUCUCCUUGCGUGUCUCACCAUGUCACAAUAUAUGCUGGAGCUCAUACAUUCGUCAAUCGAUGAAAACGUUAUGAUAUCAUCCUUGAUUGAUACGCUGAUUACACCGGCCGUCAGAAGUACUCAGUCAGAAGUUAGAGAACUUGGCGUUCGUAAUCUAGGGCUUUGCUCUUUGUUGGAUGUCAACAUCGCCACUGAAAGUCUUUAUCUUUUUGGGAUGUGCGUAUCCAAGGGUGAUGCAGGCCUGAAAACCAUAGCACUUAAGGUUAUAGCAGACAUUUUCUCGGUGCAUGGAACAAAAGUGGUGGAUGGCGAAGGCAAAGUCGACUCCAUCUCCUUGCAUAAGAUCUUUUACAAAACCUUGAAAAAUUGCGAACUACCGGAGUGUCAGGCAACGGUUGCAGAGGGCUUAUGCAAACUGUUUCUGGGAGAUGUAUUCAUUGAUGAUGAUCUAUUUGAGACCCUUAUUCUAUCAUAUUUCUCACCUGCAAACUCUCAAAACGAAGCUUUAGUGCAGGCGUUUGCGUUCUGUCUCCCCGUUUAUUGUUAUUCUCAUAUCAGACAUCAAAAAAGAAUGGUGCGCGUUGCAGGCGACGUGCUACUGAGACUUUCAGUGUUGUGGGAUGAGCUGCAGACUAACGACGACAACUCAAUGCCUCCUGACUCUAUGCUCAAGCCAAAUGUCAUUCUUCAAGAACUGAUAGAGUGGACGGACCCACGAAAAGUUGUAAACCAAACAGAGGAACAUCUUCAAGAUGAAGAAGAUACGCAGCUGGAUUUUCUCCUGAACAUCCUCCGCAUGUACUAUAAGUUUGAGCGCAAAGAGGUAAAGAAAAUGAUUUUGACCAACAUCAAUAGGUUCACCUUCCAAGAUCGGAGUAUUCGAAAGUGGAAAGAGGUGCGCGAGAUUCUUGAAGACAUCUCAGAUAACGACGACAUCGAUUCUACAAGUCGGACGUCUAUCAGUAAAUUCCUUUUUUCAUUACAAGAGAACAUUUUGAGUGAAGAUGUUGAUGUUGAAAGUACGAGAGAUGGGGCGAGUGAUGUUGAGGAGCAAUUAUCCACCUCUUCAAGUGAAGAAAGAAUGUCAAAAGACGAAAAAACCGAUCUGAGUCCAGCUUCAUUGAACGAUGCAAAAUCUAAUGUGUCUAUGGCUGACGAGGAAAAACCCUCUGUUACCUCUGAUGCCCCUUCUCAGGUGUUGUUGCCCUCUGCGUCUGAUACAGUUUCUUCUGAAGAAAAUAGCCGUCUGCGAAGCAAAAAGAGGAACAGAGCAGACCUUUCUGAUUCUGAAAGUAGCUCUGAUCGGGAAAAGAGUAAUAGAAUGGUUAGCUUCGUUUUGCCCGAACCUCAAAGUAGUCAAUCUAGUGACUCAUCAUAUGGCGGUCAGCUCGAGGACAGCAGUUUCGAGGACGACAAGGAAGAGUGA